AUGUUUGUAUGCUUUGGGGAGGGUAUAGGGGUUGUGGAGGUUGUGGAGGUUGUGGAGGUUGUGGAGGUUGUGGAGGUUGUGGAGGUUGUGAAGGUUGUGAAGGUUGUGGAGGGUAUAGGGGUUAUAGAGGUUAUAGAGGUUAUAGAGGUUGUAGAGGUUGUGGAGGUUGUGGAGGUUGUGGAGGUUGGAGGGGAGGUUUGGGGAUUGGAGAUUGAUGGGUUGAGGACUCGGAGGAGCAUACUUGCGUAUGUAUUUGGUCAUGUAGAUAUGUAUGUAUUGGGAGACGGGUGGUGGGAAGGGGGAAUACAUGUGGUGGAGCUUUGGGGCUUGCAGGAGGUAUGGGGAGGCGGGGAUGAGGAGGUAGUGAGGGGAGAGGAGAUGGGAGCGGAUAGGUCGUCAUCCGACGACGACGAGGACGACGACGAGGACGGCGGCGGCGGCGGGCUGUGUGGCUGGGUGCUUGAUGUGACACUUACCAUGGAUGUAUAG